CUCUUGACCAACCUGCCACCCGCACCAAACAAGUAUUUCACCAAUUCUCAACCACAACCAGAUCUUCAACCUCCAUACUCCAAGCGCAUUUCUUGCCAACACUAGAGCUCAGUUGCUUUAUUACCUCUACUCUGUUACUCCACGCAAACAUGUCUUCUCCCCAGGACCGCUUUCAGCACUGGAUUUCGGUGGUCGACAGAGAGCUCUCGAAAUACCCGGUUCUCAACAACCUCGAGAAGCAGACGUCGAUCCCCAAGGCCUACGCCGCGAUUGGCGUGGCGUCGCUGUACUUCUUCCUGAUCGUCUUCAACCUCGGGGCCCAACUCCUGACCAACCUUGCGGGUUUCGUUCUCCCCGGAUAUUACUCCGUCGCCGCACUCUUCUCGGCGAACAAGGCGGAUGACACGCAGUGGCUGACCUACUGGGUCGUGUUUUCUUUCUUCACCGUGCUUGAGAGCCUUGUUACCCCUGUUUACUGGUUUCCUUUCUACUACACCUUUAAGGUCGUCUUCCUCCUGUGGCUGUCUCUUCCGUUCACUCGGGGUGCCGAGAUCAUCUUCCGCUCCUUUAUGGCCCCUGCUCUGGGCCGUCACUUCCACACCCCUGGCUCGACUGCCAGCGGCCUUCGCGCGAAGGCCGAUUCGGUCCAUACCGAGUAACCGAUACUUUGGUUCUCCCGUCGGGCCCCAUCCGGUAAAACAAAGCAUGCAGCUUUGAAUGUGGCUCAAAGAGGACAAGGGAGAGAGUCGGGUUGCUUGGGAGUUCCCUUUCCAUUUCGAUGGAGGGUCUGACCUCGCCCGCACGGUUCAUGUCAGUUGGUGGGGUGAAGCUCGCGCAGCUGGGCACACCUGGCGGAUUUCCUUUAGCACAGGAUCAAUGGGGAGUGCAUACUGGCGCAGAUUUCAUUCGGUUUCUCGGAUAGGUCAGUUUCAUUGGAAUAGGUAGAAGGGUGGUGUCUGAAUCACAUGAUGUAUCUCUGGAAAGGGCUCAAGUGAGGGGAAGCGUGGGCAGUCUCUCAUUUCAGUUCCUCAAGACAUGCC